UUUAUUAUUUUCUGAUAUAACAUAUUUAAUUUGGCCCGAACCGUCUCCCACUUCCUUUUCCGCUGUUUCUCGGUGUGUGUGUGUGAGGCUGUACAUUAUGGCUGAUACUGCGUCCAAGACUUCUGCCCCACACAAGAAGGCAGGCAGACUCUAUUGCAAGGCAGUAUUUACUGGUUACAAAAGAGGUUUGAGGAACCAACAUGAAAAUACAUCGCUCUUGAGAAUUGAUGGUGUCACCACCAAAGAAGAAACUGAAUUCUACCUUGGCAAGAGAUGUGCCUAUGUGUACCGUGCAAGGAACAAAACUGCCUGUCCUGCUCAGCCAACAAGACCUAACAAGAUUCGUGUCAUCUGGGGGAAAAUUACUCGGUCCCAUGGAAACAGUGGUGCUGUUCGUGCACAGUUCAGGAAGAAUUUGCCCUCAAAAGCCAUGGGCAAAAGAGUAAGAGUGAUGCUGUACCCUUCCAGAAUAUGAGAAAAUGUAAAUGAAGGCAUUAAAAAACGUCGAACAUGAA